GUCAUCCAAGCUUGGCGGUGGCAAGCAGACGACUCAGACUGCGGCAUUCGGCUUCAGCAUAGCUAGGUUUAGUGUUUUUCCACCCUCUGACCAAUUCGUACGCAACAGUAGCAGCAGCAGCAGCACUUGCUUGAGAUUUUCUUGUCGAGACGAACGCAUUUUCCUACAUUCUUUUAAGGGAUCCGACUGAUGGUUGAUGGUACGUCGGUGUGAAAGGGAAUCGUGUGGUGUUUUUUAACCACGAUUAAUAGCUGCUUUCGAGACGAUUAGAGAAUCGAAAUUGCUCAAGCUCGUUCAAGCGUCACCAGUGUGAAAAGACAUUAGAUACAAUAAAAGGAGCGUGUGUUUGUGUGUGGUGAAGAGGUUUAGUAGUGCAAACAACAGCUUACCAGUGGACACCAUGAAAGAGAUAAACAUAAACAGUGUGAAUCAUUCCGAGUUGCUAAGCGGCUGUCUGCAGCCUCCGGUACCGGCGACCGUUACCAAGGCGAUGGAGGCGGACGGCGUAACGGGUGGUGCCGUGCUGGAACGGAAGGGCGGCAAUCAAAUUCAGGCCCUUCUGGAGCGCAAUGAAAAUCCCGAGCCCGAGGUACUGGCUGGCGCCACCCUUCACCGUCCAAUGCGAACGUUCUCACCGAUCAGUGGCGUUUCGAAGCUGCUUAAGAACCUUUACCUGUGCGGCGGAAGUGCUGCCUCGGUAGCCAUGAUGCAACAGCUCGGCGUAACCUUUGUGAUUAAUGCAACCACCGUGACCGAGCUCACCGAUACACCGCUUCCGGCGGAGGAUACACGUUAUCUAAGAAUUCCGGUAAAGGAUAACCGUGAGGCGAAUCUGGAGCGCUACUUCCACGAGGUGGCGGACAUGAUCGAAGAGGAGUCCAAGGCCGGUGGCGUUGUGCUGGUACACUGUGUUGCCGGUAUCAGCCGUUCGGCAUCGCUCUGUUUGGCCUACCUGAUGAAAUACCAUCGGAUGAGCCUGAAGGAUGCGUACAAUCACAUAAAGGACAAACGGCCCCAAAUCCGACCCAACGUAUCGUUCGUCAAGCAACUGAUGGAGUUUGAGCAGAAGCUGUACGGCACCCGGACCGUAUCGAUGGUGUACUGUCACGCACUCGAUCAAGAGCUGCCCGACAUUUACGAGCCCGAGUUCCGUACGAUGGAAAUGUUGUACCAGAAGUUUCGGCGAAACAUUGCACGGCGCUAGAGGAGAGCGGCUUGCAGUGCCCUCACAUACUUGAAAUUAUUCCACUUAUUCCCUUUUUAAUCGCUAGAAUAUGCGCGUAAGAUGAGGUGAUCGUCUUCGCUACCAAAAUACUUCGCACCGAAACCGAAGACUUAACCGUAGCGUCGAGGUAGCGUUAAGACAUUUAAGGGGGCCAAGGCUGGCUGCGAAGCUGACCGGGUCAAUAUCUACUGAUUUAUGAUAGUAUUCUCCGUUUUUACAACUCGAUACAAUUCGCUCCCAAGAGCACCACCGAAGCAGGGUGGUUCUGUGACUAGGGGUGACCCGCAUGCAUGCACAUUGUAUGUACUAAACUAUUAAUCUUUUAACUACCUACUCUCUAACAGAAGCGACAGAAGACAGAGCAGUGUGAACAGGGAUGAUGAGCGUAGCGUUCGCUUAUUUGAUGUAGAAUGGAAAUUUCAAAAUUCAAUGCACAAUUCUUCUUCGGCAAAUACGUUGGUUCGAAAUUAUAGCAAUGCUGCUAGAAAGCACACUACGUACACGCACGUACAGGUUAUGGCAUCCAUUUUCCUUGAAGACAGGUCCCACUGAUUCGAAACCACGUUAAAAAUUGCUGUGAUUGGAACAAAUGAUAAAUGUUAGGCAGAAAGCAAAAGGAUUUCGUUUCUGGAUGUUAACUUUCUCGCUCUCUGCCGAAGCGUUUUCCGUCUGUGGAACUGAUCGGUUGAGGUUAGACGGUGUUUUUUACGCUCUUAAAAAAACUGUAGGUUGUAAGCAUUAAACUCAUUUACAAUGAUGUUGUACUACACACUCGCAAAUAAAUAUUAUGAAGUACUAUAAA